CCUCGCUGGUAUUUGACAUUUCCUUCGAGAAUUAGACCCCCAACAUUCUUAAAUGUUAUGUUCCAUCUCUCUCUCUCUCUCUCUCUCUUCAACAUAUAUAUACAUAUAUAGAUAUAUAUAGUGCUCAUCUCUCUCCCUGCUCCUCAACAACACACCUACCGUCCCAUGGACAAGAAGCACGACCACCGCGCGAUGUUCUCGCCCGAGCGCGGCCACGACGGCCUCGUGGAGAGGAGCAGGCGGAUAAAGAUGGCGGCCGAGAUGGGCCUCGCCCGGUCCUCCCGUGGCCGCCACUGGAGCCGAGCCCUCCACCGCCGCCUCCUCCGGAGGAAAGGAGCGACGAGCGGCGGCUCAUGCGGGUGCAAGGACGAGGCGUUGACCUCCUCCAAGGCGGUCGAGGAGCUUGGGGUGGGAGAGAACGAGGACGACGCGGUGGAGGUCGACGCCCGGGUUCACGCUCUGCAGAGGCUGGUCCCCGGCGGCGAGGAGCUGAGCGUGGAGCGGCUGUUCGAGGAGACGGCCGACUACAUCGAGGCGCUGCAGGGGCAGGUGAGUGCCAUGAGGGCGCUUGCGUGCUUGCUUGAUGAGUUGGAGCGGGACAAGAGGGUGGUGAUGGGUGGGUGAUGCAAUGCAUGGUUAUCUCGGAUAUGUAUCUUUGGAUUGUCUUCUCUCUUUCUUCUUUUCCCUUUUUAUUUCUUUUUUAUGAUGUAAGAACACUGAAGAGAGGUUUGGAGAAAAAAUAAUUCUUAGUUUUUCCUUUGCACUUUAUGUUAA